AUGAUGUCGACGAAUAUCUUUUGGUUCAUUACGCACCGUAUGUUCGACUCGACUUCUAAAUAUACAUAUUUGGCAAAUGAUGUCAACAGCGAGUACAUCCAACUCAGCUUGUUGCUAUAUCCUCACAUGAAGAUCUGCCAACCUUUGGUUGAGCUCACAGGAACAGAUGGGCCGGUUUACCUGGACGGAUUUCGAUCUCUUGCUCAAAUGCGAUUAAUUAUUGAAGAAACAGCUGACGAAGUUACUGAUUUUGCCGCACGUUACGUACGGAAUCGUAUUAAUGCACACAACUGUGGGCCAGAUCGACCUUUUGUGCUAGGACUUCCUACAGGUUCCACGCCGCUGGGCAUGUACAAAAAACUGAUCAAAUUCUUACGAGGAAGGAACACUGUCCUUCAAAUAUGUAAUAACAUUCAAUAUGGAUGA